GCUAUCCAUACGCAACUUUUCGGCAAGCAUGCUGAACAAUCUUGGGGCCAAUGUGCUGGGCCCCAAGGAUUGUGAUCUACCCAAGGCAGCCAUCACAGCUCUGCACGCGGGCGUCAACAGCUUCGGCCAAUUGCCCGUGCCACCGAAUAUCGCUGAUUUAGGCGGCGGUGGGGCUGGACCUGGCGGUGGCGGCGGACCAGGCGGAGGUGGAGCAGCUAGUUUGGGCGGCGUUGCGCGGCUGCAUGUGACAGGCGGACUGUGCGAUAACAGCAAUGCUCUAAAUGGUGCCAGCAAUCACAACAACAACAACAACAACAACAACAACAACAAUAGCAACAACAACAAUAACAACAACAACAUGCAGCAACAGGAUCAGCACUUGGACAAAAACAAACAGAAGCGACAUCGCACACGUUUCACACCUGCUCAAUUAAAUGAGCUGGAGCGCUGCUUCUCCAAGACCCACUAUCCGGACAUCUUUAUGCGCGAGGAGAUUGCCAUGCGGAUUGGCCUAACCGAGUCGCGUGUCCAGGUUUGGUUCCAGAACCGUCGCGCCAAGUGGAAGAAGCGCAAGAAGACCACGAAUGUGUUCCGCACGCCAGGCGCCCUGCUGCCGUCGCACGGCUUGCCACCGUUUGGGGCAAACAUCACAAACAUUGCCAUGGGCGACGGCCUCUGUGGCACCGGGAUGUUCGGCGGCGAUCGCUGGAGCGUGGGCGUCAAUCCCAUGACAGCAGGCGACUCGAUGAUGUAUCAGCAUGGCGUGGGCGGGGGGGUGAGCUGUGGACCGGGCGGCUCCCCGAGCGCCACAACGCCGCCCAACAUGAACAGCUGUUCGUCUGUGACGCCGCCGCCACCGCUGCCAGCGCAGCCCAAUCAAAAUGAACUCAACAACGAGGCAAUGCCACUACACCAACAGCAGCAGCAGCAGGCACACCAACCACAACAGCAGCAGCAGCAGCAACAGCAGGCACACCAACAGAGUCUCACACAUCAACAGCAAGCAGCUACACCAACACAGCAGCAGCAACAGCACUCGAAUUUGCUGCCGCACUGUCAUCAGGCCAUGCAGUCGCCAGAUGGCGCCACCGAUGAAGACGUCUGGCGUGGCCACAGCAUUGCAGCGCUGCGACGGCGCGCGUCGGAACUAAAUGCAACGGCAAUACCUUCGUACUUACACCACGCAGCGGCCGCCCACAACAACUACGAGCAUCACAAUUCGGUCUACUGAAAUUUGUUGAAAAGCUUUGAAAGCUUUUCGGAUUACGGUUUUUCCAAUUGCGGCACGCACGACUUUUGAACCAACUGCACACACACACUCACACACACACGGACAGACAGUUUGACAGCCAAGCAAAACAGUUUUCGAAGCCAAUUGUACAAUUUCGUUUUUGUGUUUUUAUUUUAAAUUAAAAAAAAAAAAAGAAAAAAUUAAAAUUAAAAAAGACUAUAACGAAUGUAUACGAGAGAGAAACUUGAGCUAAUUUAAACAUAUUUACCCACUAAAUGUAUUUUGAAAAUAUUAA